AGACAAUCCCAUGCCUUUGGAAAAGGGGACGAAGAGUAAGGUGACAAUGUUUGCACACCACAUAUAAUGUCUAAAGCGCAGCCAUGUGAUGCCGGAGGAGCGCGGUGGCGAUGAUAUGGAAUGUGGGCAGCUGCCUCCGGCCACGCUCCGACAGGUGACGGUCCAGCGCCACCCCCUCCACGGAUUCGGCUUUGUGGCUGGCAGCGAGAGGCCCGUGGUGGUGCGCUCGGUGGCUGCAGGCGGCCCCUCUGAGGAUAAACUCCUGCCAGGAGACCAGAUCUUGGCCAUCAACGAUGAGGAUGUGAGUGAAGCCCCCAGAGAGAGAUUCAUCGAGCUUGUCAGGAAGGCCAAGGACUUCAUCAUCCUCACGGUCCUGCACACCCACCAGUCUCCCAAAUCUGCUUUCAUCAGCGCAGCCAAGAAGGCGAAGCUCAGGUCCAACCCGGCCAAAGUCCGAUUCUCUGAGCAGGUGACGGUCGGCGAGACAGACCCAGACAUGUUGAAGAAAGAAGCUCUCCUCCUCAUUCCCAACGUGCUGAAGGUUUUCCUGGAGAACGGGCAGAUCAAAUCCUUCACGUUCGAUGGCCGAACCACUGUGAAGGACGUGAUGGUGACGUUGCAGGACCGCCUGUCACUGAGGCACAUCGAGCACUUUGCCCUGGUCCUGGAGUAUUCCAGCCCCGAGCAGAGCCACCGCUUCCUGCUGCUCCAGGACAAGCAGCCCCUGGCCCAUGUGGUGCAAAGAACACACUACCACGGCAUGAGAUGCCUCUUCCGCGUGAGCUUCUUCCCCAAGGACCCGGUGGAGCUGCUGCGCCGGGACCCUGCAGCCUUCGAGUACCUCUACAUCCAGAGCCGCAACGAUGUGAUCAGAGAGCGCUUCGGCACCGAGCCCAAGCCUGACAUGCUGCUGGGGCUGGCUGCCCUCCACAUCUACAUCACCGUCUCAGCCACCCGCCCCAGCCAGAAGGUCUCCCUCAAGAACGUGGAGAAGGAGUGGGGCCUGGAGCCCUUCCUGCCCCCCUCGCUCCUGCAGCUCAUCAAAGAGAAGAGCCUCCGGAAAUCCCUCUCGCAGCAGCUCAAAGCCCACCAGCACCAGCCUGGGGGCACCAAGGUCUCCACAGCCCAGGCAAAGCUGCAGUACCUGAGGAUCCUGAACGAGCUGCCCACCUUCGCCGGGGUUCUCUUCAACACAGUGGGACUGCAGGAUGAGAAGCAGCCAGCCACCACCCUGCUGGUGGGACCCCGGCACGGCAUCAGCCACGUCAUUGACCUGAAAACCAACCUCACCACGGUGCUGUCCGAGUUCAGCAAGGUCAGCAAGAUCCAGCUGUUCAGGGAGAACCAGGGCGUGGCCCGGGUGGAGACCAGCAUCCUGGAUGCCAAGCCCCUGGUGUUGCUGAUGGAGUGGCCUGAAGCCACCAACUUCGCCUGCCUCAUCGCGGGCUACUGCCGGCUCCUGGUGGACUCCAAGAAGAUGAUCCUGUCCAGGGCCCCCAGCCAGCCACCCCCACCUCAGAUUAUCAAGGCAGAUUACAUCAACGCACACAACUUCCAGCGGCCUGCCACGGCAGGGCACGUGGGAAAGAAAGAGAAUGGGCUGGUGGGUGGCUCUGCCACUGUCCCCGGAGCAGCCGGGGCUGCUGCCAGCAGGGACUCGGAGCUCAUCCGCUUCUGCUACCUGCACAUGCGAGAGCAGAGGAAGGAGAGGGAGAGCGCCACGGAUAUCAAUGAAAACCUGAUCUUUUUUGAGGAAACUCGUCCCAGGACCAAAUCUGACCCCACUUCCAAAAGCUCUGGCCAAGGCUACAACGGGGCAGCCAAGGAGUACGACCCGGCUGGCCUUGAGCAGGAGAGGCAGGGCAGCAGGGCCAGGGCUCACACCAUAGACACGCACCUGCGCAGCGACAGCGCCCACCUGUACUGCGAGUCCUGCCAAGCCAAGAUCAGGAGCCGGCUGGCCUCGGGCGCGGCGGGCAAGCCCGGCAGCACCCGCGACACCACCGUGGACUUGAUGUCGCUUCCCCCUCCCGGGAACGACGAGGAAGAGGACGAGACAACAUCCCUGCUCCCCGCCAUCGCCGCUCCCCCUCCUGGCUUCCGAGACAACAGCUCCGACGAGGAUGACCCCAAGCGCCGGGCAGCUGCCCAGAGCCAGGAGCAGGGCCGGCAUCUCUGUGGCAUCCUCUACGACGAGAUCCCGGUCACCCUGAUCGACAGCGUGCAGCCACGGACCGUCCGAGACCACGCCCAGGAGCUGGAUGAUGCCCUGGUGUCCACCCUGCAGGCGCUGGAAGCCCUGGCUGCUUCAGAGGAUUGUCCACAUCCCCCACCACAGCAGACAGCAGGUCUUAUUGUCCUGGCUGCCAUCACUCCUGAGUCAUCCCUGGACUCUGGCCACGAGACGAACUCCUCGGAGCUGACCGAUGUCUCGGAGAUGGUCUCUGCUAUGAAGCAGCACCAGAACGCAGCCUACUUCCUCACCCAGCACAUCAACAAAGAAAACCUUCUGGCCAGGAAGGACUUGCCUUUCCGAAUCCAGAGCUGUGCUGCCCAGGCUGUUCUCACCUCCCCCUACCCCCUGAGCCGCCAGGAGCCCUCACUGAAGCCAGCCUUCUCCAUCCAAAGUCCCAGCCUUAGCAACUGCAAGAGCAAGCAGGAGCAGCAGCCCAGGGAGCAGAGCUGCACCUCGGCUGCCCAGCCAGGGCUGAGCCCCCAGCUCAGUGAGCAGGGCAAGGGGGCUGCCGUGCCAAGCUCUGAGUGCAAAGCUGCAGCUCACACAAAAGCUGCCUUUGAGGUAUCUCUGCAUGCCACAGCAGCCCCGAGCAGGGAGCAGGCACAGGAUCUACAAGAGAAGAUGCCCAAAGAGGUGCAGCCGAGCUCCAAGCUGCUCCUGGAUCAGAAGAGCAGUGUAACUCCAGCCAUGGUUUCAGCUGCUCUGCAGCAGGUGGCAAAUGCAAAAGCCUCAGCUCCCCAAGUGGUAUCAGCCUUAAAAGAAGACCAGAACGUGAAUGGUACCAGCAGCAAGCCUUUGACACUUAAAGGAGGUCUACAAACUGCAGAGACAUUGUGCAACUGUCAGCAGCAGCAGCAGCAGCAGCAGCAGCAGGUCUCUCCGCAGCAGCACUGUGAAGUUUCUCCAAGUCCUAAGGAAGCUCCUGGCAGUCAGGCUGAAGCUUUCCACCUCGCCUCAGCAGGUGAGGAAAUGAUGUCCAGUAAGACUUUUGCCUCUAAAAGCUACCAGCAAAAAGUCAGUAGAGAUGCUCCAGGAAAAGCUGCAAGCGGAGAGACAGGUCAGAAGGCAGGUGGGGAAGCCACAAGCCUCGUCUUGCAGAAACACUCAGCUCCUUCAAACCAAGGACAGAAAAUACAACAGGAAAGUUCGGCCAAAAUCUUAAAAGCUGAGAGCAGCAAUGUGCACUCUCCAUCACCUGGUAGCAUUUUCAGGAGCACCAGUGAGGAAGCCAAAGGGCCAAUCCAGCUGAUGCCCAGAUCCGAGAGCCUGCAGAUUAGCACUGUGCCUUCCAAAAAAGUAGAGAAAGUCCUGGAGGUAACCCAGCAAGAUGCUGAUGUCCCAGCUAAACCCAAAGCCCCAAAAGCUCCCUUCAGGCUUAGGAACCUGUUCUCUGCAACAUUUCCCACGCGGCUGAAGAAGGAGACGGACGAGCGGCAGGCCCAGCUGCAGAAGGUGAAGCAGUAUGAGCUGGAGUUCCUUGAAGAGCUGCUCAAGCCAAAGAGCAAAGGUGACCUCCCACCACAGGAGUACCUGCACCCGCCUGCCCCUGGGCGCUGCAGCUGCCAGCUGAGGAGCAGUCCUGUGCAGAAAGUCCCAGGGAUGUCCAGGGAGCAAAGGCGCAGCUGCGACUGCAAGCGGAUUUGCAGGGGAAUGAGGCCACCCCCCAACCAGCUGGUGGUGUCGGAACUGGAGAGGCGAGGCAGGGAUAAAGCUGCAGAUGACCAGAAGCAGGUGGAAGCCAUUAGGCUGACCAGCAUGAGCAGCCCUUCCAAAGGCAAACGGAUCCGAUCCACAAGUCUGGAGUCCCGAGACAACCGGUCAGACCCGGAGAACGGCAUGUCCUGUUUGACAACGUGCACCUCCCGGGGGGAGUGCAUGGGUGCGCCCCACUACAGGAAGCUCUUGCGUCGCUACAGUGUCAGUGAAAUAGAUAAGACUGAAAGGACAUCCCUGUCCUCUGAUGUGUACCAGAACAUCUACACAACCAAGCAGAAAGGCCCCCAGAAAGAGCCUGAGCCCAGCAUCCUCUGUCCUGUUCUGAAGAGCAAAAUCCAGGAAGCCUCUGGAGUGGCUGACCCCUCCUACGUCCAGAUAGCACAGGACAAAAAGAGCCAGAAGGGUUCAGCAGUGUUCUCUGUCCAGGAGGAGAUGUACCCAAGUCCUGCUGAGCUGCGGGAUGAAGACAUGGAGGAUGAGAAGUGCUGCUCCAUCCGCUACUGCUUCUACUACAGGAAAUGCGAUGUGGCAGAUGAUGGGAGCGAGAAGGAUGAGCUGUCCUAUUCCAUCCCCAUGCAGAUACUCCCAGGAAUGAAGCUGGACAGUCAGAUGGUCCCAGUCAUGAGCAGGACUCUUCAGGUCCUGGACGCAACAGCCUGCAGCAGUCCCAAUGAGAGCCAGACCCAGGAGAUAGACUUAAGGACCUCCAGUUUUGAGGGGAGCUUGGCGAAGAUCAACACCCUUCGAGGCCAUGCCUACAGCUUCCCCAAUGGGUUUCUGCAGGUGCAGCUGGACACCAACGAGCUCCUGACCAUCCUGAGGCAGUGUGUGCUGAGCCCCGAGGUGCGGGACUGCAAGCCCUACAUCUCCCAGCUGGCUGAGUACAAGCAGGAGCUGGCCCUCAAGUUCAAGGAGUUCCGGGCGUCCUGCCGCCGCGUGGCCGCCGUCGACAAGAGUCCCACCCACAUGCUCUCGGCCAUCACGAGCAGCUUCCAGGUGCUAAGCAGCCUCAUCGAGACCUUUGUGAGGCUGGUGUACGUCGUGCGCUCCGAGUCCCAGCGCCAAGAGCUGCUGACCAAGGUGGAGGAGGUGGUGAGGAACUACACCUUCCUCCUGAAGGCUGCCGAGGAGUCCACGGCCAGGACGCUGAGCCACCAGCAGACUGUGGAGCAGCUCGCCCGCCAGUCAGCCACGGUGGCCACGGUCAUGAGCACCCUGACACGCUCCCUGAAGACGCUGAUCAAUAAGUAAAGCCAGCUUUGAAGACCAAGGAGGCAGUGUGUGCCAGGCCAUGCUGUCACAUCUCACAGGUCUGGUGAGGAUGCGGUGCCUGCAGACCCACGCUGACCGGGGUCUGUGGUAGCCAAGACACUCUUUGAUCUCUGCAGAAUGCAUGGUUGUGUUGGUGAUGGGUUUGAAGGGUGAAUUUGUGCCCUGCCACAAGCUGUGCAAUCUGCUGGUCCAGGGGCUCAAGCAGCUUCUCUGCUUGUUGUCCCACACUGGCUCGUUGGUGACAGUACUCGGGAGGUACAGGCACCCCAUCCCCAUGCCAGUGUGGUUCCAUGGGGUUCUGGGCCUCUCUCCUGCAGACCUUUGUCACAGUUUGUGGCAGGCCAGUGAGCUAUCAGGAGCUGAGCUGAGAUCUCCUGGCUUCACUUGGGCACUCUGGAGCCAAACCAGUCUUGCCACGUAAACAACUCUUCUGCCUCCAGGAUCUUCCUGGCCCACAAACACAACGUAAUUAGCAGCAGAAGGGAUCUGUGAGGUGCAAGCCCCUGCUGCUGUGCUAGGGCUUGGGAAGCAGUCCUAGCAGGUUAUGGCAGGUUGCCAUCAUGCUGGCACAGAGCUGGGGCACCCUACUGGGCUCUGCUCUCACAGCUUAGGCCCCUGUGCUCCAGUCCUGAGCACAGGCACUGCCUGUGCCACAGGCAAGGGCUCAAUGCCUGCAAGGGGGAACAAUGCAGAGAACUACAGGACUGUGAGUCCGACCUCGGUGCCGAGAAGGUCACAGAGCAGAUGAUCUUGAGUGCCAUGCCAUGGCACACACAGGACAAGGGGAUCAGGCCCAGUCAGCACAGGGGAAAGGCAGGUGCUGCUUGAGCAGCCUGGCCUCCUUCUGUGACAGGGUG